AUGGACGCCGCAGCCAAGGACAUCACGCAGCCAAUUCUUUCUCCUGGCUCUUCCUGCCCAGUGCCCGAGUGGCCAGAACAGGAGAGGGCAGAACAGCUGGCCCGAGGUGCUGCGCUCAAGUGGGCCUCAGGCAUUUUCUACAGGCCAGAACAGCUGGCCAGGCUAGGCCAAUACCGCAGCCGCGAGAUGCAGCGUACCUGUUCCCUGCAAGCACGGAUCAAGUCAGUGGUACAGUCAUACCUGGAGGGCGUAAAGACAGGGCUGUGGCAAUUGGACAAGGCACUUGAGACCGUGCAGGGAGCCCGAGAGGCUCUGGGCCAGGCACAUGAGUUACUCCAAGGCACAGUGGAUGCUGCCCAGAGCCUAGAGCCCCUGAGGGAGCGUGUUACUCAGCACAAACAGCUACAAACUCUGUGUCAGCUGCUGCCUCGGCUGCGGACUGUGCCGGCUACUGUAGCCCACACACAGACCCUGAUUGAUGCUCAGCGCCUCCUAGAAGCUUAUGUGAACCUUCGGGAGCUAGAGCAGCUUCAGGAGGAGACUUGGACUCUUUUGGAGGGCCUGGAGUUGCCAAUGUUCAAAGGUCUGGGCCCCUUGGCAGAGGCACUAAGCCAGGCUGUGGAGGCAGUAGCCAGGGCAGCAGGACAGCUGGCCCGGAAGGACCCAGCCCUGCUGGUGGCUGCUGUGCGUAUAGCAGAGAUAGAGGCCGGACGCAGCACCUCCUUGGGUCAGGGCCCUCGGAACUGGAGGUUGCGCUGUUUGCGGGCCCUCCAGGAGGGCCUAGAGCUGGCCCACUUUGGACCAUCGAUGCUGCCUGAGCCAGGGGCCCUGGCAGGGUGGCUGGAACGCCUUCAGGUGGCCCUGCCCGCUGAGUUGGCAACAGCAGAGGCAUUGAUAGCACCCUGCUGUCCCCCACACUACAAGGUAGUGCAACUAUGGGCCCGUACCCUGCAUGGAGGCCUGAGGCGCAGCCUACAGAAGCUCCUGGAAGGGCCUGAACUGGGAGCCCCUGAUGCCUUCGCCUUGCUGCACUGGGCCCUGCGUAUCUACCUGGGACCAGAAAUGAUGGGGAGCCUGGAGUUGGGACCUGAGGCCGAUAUGUCUCAGCUAGAGCCCCUCUUGAGCCUGGAAAACAUUGAACAGCUGGAGAUGACAUUUGUGACCAAAGUUCAGGCCAGCGUGUCCCAGUGGCUACAAAAAGCACUGGAUGGGGAGGUAGCUGAGUGGGGCCGUGAACAGGUGCCCGACACAGAUCCAUCAGGCUUCUACCACUCCCCAAUGCCGGCCAUCGUGCUGCAGAUCCUAGAAGAGAACAUUCGCGUGACUAGCCUGGUCAGUGAUUCAUUGCAGCGGCGUGUGCAUGCCAUGGCACUGUCAGAGUUGGCCACAUUCCUCAGGAGCUUCAGUGAUGCAUUGAUCCGAUACUCCAGAGACCACCUCAGGGGGGACACAGUGGCGCCUCAUUAUGUGGCCUACCUACUGGCUGCCCUCAACCACCAUUCAGCACUCAGCUCCUCCGUCUCCGUCCUGCAACUGGAUGGCUUGGCUUCAGGCGUCUUGAUUCCGGCAGAGGCAGCGCUGGACGAGCUGCACAGAAGAAUCUGCCGCCUCGUGUUGGAAGCGUUGCUGGCAGAACUUAAGCCCCUGUUCGCUGCUCUGCCUUCCCGCCGAUGGUUGUCCAGCUCGGAACUUCUAGAGGAAGUUUGUGAACGAACCAAGCGCUUCUGCAGGGACUUCUGGCGAGUGCGGAACCCUGCUGUCCAGCUGCUGCUGGCAGAGGUGGAGAGGACUGUGGUGCUGCAGUACCUCCGAUCGCUCAUGCAGGGCCGACUGGUGUGCAAGGGUGCAGAAGAGAGGACCCAGGCAGCUGAGCGCCUGCAGCACGACGCUGCUCAGCUUCGGGACCUUUUCCAGGGUUUGGGUUUGGAGGGCAGCGUUCAAUGCGUGCCUGUGCUGCUGGCCUUGCGAGAGCUACUGAACCUCCGAGAUCUCACACUGCUUGGCCUCGAGGUAGCAGGCCUGCGGCAACAAUUUCCAGAUGUAAGUGAGGACCACGUCUCUGCCCUCUUGGACCUGCGCGGAGAUGUGUCUCGAGAUCAGCGCCUGGCUGCACUCAGCUCCCUGCAGGCAGGCCCACAACCCUCGCCCCGUGCCAGUCGCCGUGUACUCUUUAGCCUGGUGCCAGCACCUACCCCAGGGAUGUCCUCUUGCCUCGCAGCAGGGCCCUGUACCUGA